AUUACCUGCCAGCAGAGGUGGGAGAGCGAGCCAGGUCCAUUCUAGGUGGCAAGGAGCCAUGCAAUUCUCCAGCUCAUCCAGGGCAGCAGAUGAGAAUUUUGACUAUUUGUUCAAGAUUAUCCUCAUUGGGGAUUCCAAUGUGGGGAAGACGUGUGUGGUACAGCAUUUCAAAUCUGGGGUCUACACAGAGACACAGCAGAACACGAUUGGGGUGGACUUCACUGUGCGCUCCCUUGAGAUCGAUGGCAAGAAAGUGAAGAUGCAAGUGUGGGACACGGCGGGCCAGGAGCGGUUCCGGACCAUCACUCAGAGCUACUACCGCAGUGCCCACGCCGCCAUCAUUGCCUACGACCUCACCCGACGGUCCACCUUCGAGUCUGUUCCUCACUGGAUCCACGAGAUAGAAAAAUACGGAGCGGCGAACUUGGUCAUUAUGCUGAUUGGGAACAAAUGUGACCUGUGGGAAAAACGGAAUGUCCUGUUUGAGGAUGCCUGCACACUGGCUGAGAAGUAUGGCCUCCUUGCUGUUUUAGAAACAUCUGCCAAAGAGUCUAAGAACAUAGACGAGGUCUUCAUGCUGAUGGCCAGGGAGCUGAUCACCCGCAACAGCCUGCACUUAUUUGGGGAGAGCACCCUGAACAGCCUGGCCCCGGAUUCUAGGCCGGUCCUUGUGGCCCAGGGUCCGAAGGAGAAGACCCACUGCAUGUGCUGAAGACGUUCACGAGGCCAGUUGCAGCCACCGGAUGCCACGUCUGAUGCUGAAGGUAGCUGGAUACCCUGUUGUCUGCCACGUAGCAGCUCAGACCAAAGCACAGACUUGCCGCUGGGCCUUAACCCUUUCCUCCAGGAUGGGGAGUACUUUGCCUGGAAUCACACCAGAGGCCAGACCUGCUGACCCCGAGUAAAGCCACACCACUGUUUCUCUUGGUUCUGUCUCAGACUUGAGGCACAGGGGUAGGAGGACAAGGUCUACUCUUUAUCCUUCCAUUUUGUCUCCCCAACCCUUCCAACCAGUUUCUACUGAAUUUUGCUUCUCGCUUGAAGAAGAAGGUAGUGAACAAAGAAUAAAGGAGGGAUAUCAAGAGAGGGGAGAGGAUGUUUAGAACA